AUGAUUCCACCCGCGAGGACGUCGGAUCGCCUGAAGCGCAUCCUGGGGACGUCCGAGUGGGCGCCGAGGAGGUCAUCUCGAUCGUCCGAGUCGCUUCCGCUUCGAGAUCGCUCGCAGAGAAGCGCGCAAGGGGAUCAGUGUACGAAAACGGUGUGGAGCGGGACGGCGGCGCUGACGCGACGCGAACCCGGAAGAGAAGGACGAAUGAAGACGUCGAGCGAGGCGGUGGACGAGACCCCGAUCGGGUUGAUCACUCGAGCGUCGUGUGACGCGGGGAACGAUGCGUCGAUGGAGGCGACGGCGGGGGCGAGCAGCGCGCAGGCGAGCGACGCCGAGGUGGACGACGCGGACGCGGGCGCGACGGAGCGCGCCGCGGAGCACUCGACGCGGUGCGCGAGUGAGGGCUUGGGAGGGUUCACGAACGCGCGAACGGUCGCGUGCCAGCUCGUGGCGCAGGCGCCGCCGUCGGGGGCGGAUAUUCCUGGGACGGCGCGGGGGGAGGGGUUCGCCAGGGCGAGCGCGGCGGGGAACGCGCUUCCGGAAAUCGUGCACGCCGAAAUCGUCGGUCCCGAGGACGAGGGCUGGCCCGAGGUUUGGGAUCCUGUGGCGCUCCUACGUUUGUUUCCACUCUCGGCGCAUCACUUGGUGCCGUUCAAUCAGAUGCGAGCGAUGCUCACGGACUGUCGUCUUGACGAGAAGAAGACGCGGGACACGGGCGAGGGCGUCGCAGGCGCCGCGCGCAUGGAACUUCCAGACGGGUACGUCGUGUACGUUGUCUCUGACGAAGGUCUUCCAGACAUCGUGCGAGGCGCCCUGUACGGUAAGGCGAGUGGGAAGAGUGAGACCAACAGGCCGCUGUGGGCUGUCAUACAAAGUAUUUCGCCGUUAGACAAGCCGCAACCUCCGGCGACGGUGCCGACGCCGGAUUUGAAACCCACUCGCGGGAUCCUGCGCGGUUGGCGACCUCCGCCGAAAGAACCGGCCAUCAGUGAUAACACGCGUGUGCGAGUGGAUCGUGUGUCGGAGCAGGAAGGUGUCGUUAAGAUGGCGGAAGAACUCUCCGGAGUGCACCCGUCGGCGGAGACGACUGACGAAGAAAAGUCAUUGAGUUCCGCGCACGAAAUGACGAGCGGCGUCGAAGAGAGCGAAGGCAUGGGAACGGUGACGCCGGUAAUAAGCGAGGAGACGAGUGAGCUCACGUCUGGUACGUCUGAGGUCGAGCGCGUGACUAUCAAAAUCGGCGGCGACGACGAGUUGGACGACUGGCUCUCGCCCCCACUCGCUCGGCGUAAGAGAAAAUCGUUCGCCAGCGCGCUCGCCGGUUCGGGAUCGGAUAAUGAAAAUUCCGAUGAUUCAUCUGCUCCAGAGUUUGCAAAGCUGAAGCGUACGGCGACUUCGCCCGCCGCAUCACCAAGCUCUUCAGAGGGCGAAGAGGAGCUCGUUCCCAUGGAGCGAGGGCAGCACGAAAUCCCGACCGCGACAGUGGCGCUAGCGCAAGUCAUCUCGCCCGAACAGCGAGUUCCGAACAUUCCUCUCACAGGUUUGCGAUAUAUGCUCCUUGGCUUCGAGCUGAAUCACCCGCACGUGGUGUAUCUGAUCAACUCGCUUGCCGAGGAGGGCGCCAUGCACUUGGACAUGAGAAGCAGCAAACCGGAGGAUGUUGACUUGAUCGUCUUGCAUCCACCGUUUCUGCAGCUCUUGUCAGCUCCUCAGUUCCCGAUGAACGUGGCAGAUUUCACCAGGACGCGGCACACGAGAUUUGCUCUCGGUUUACGCCACUUGGAGCUAUGUUUGGAGCAGCGAAGACAACUCGAUCCCAGACUCGAGACGGCUGAAGUUUUCCCAGAAGGCGUGUUGGUUGUCAUGGAUGACGCGGCGCUGAUCAAUGAUGAAGAGGCGCUUCAUCGCAUCGUUCGUCUACUUGCUCAGGCGUCGGCUGCGAGUGCGGCGUGUUCAGCGGCAAAGGGUAUCUUUCACUACGGCCAGGACGGCACGCGUGAAAAUCCACCGUGGCCGUGGGCCAUCAAGAUCGCGAACAGCACGAUUCAGAAGCUCAUGAUGACCAAGCUUCGAAUGAUGCAAACAAACGCGGAGAAGGCGUGGAAGAUCGAGGCAAUGAUCAAGGCACUGCACGCGUACAAGCACGCCGGGGACCGCGCCGGGAGAGGGGCGAGAGUGAUGGGGAUCACGUGGGAGGAAGCAUCGCACCAGCCGGUGGAGGAUCCUCCUCAGGCGGUGCGCGACGCGGUGAAAAUCGCAUCGAGACACGUGUCUUUGUGUCGAGCCGUAUUCCUCGUGAGUGAGGAUUCUAAGACGCUCACCGCGGCCAAGGGACAACGCAGUAUCUUAUCGGGGAACGUGAACGACGUCUGCGACUUUUUGACGUCGAUCGUUCGUGAAAUGUGGGCAGAGACUAAGGCGGCGCGUACCGGCAUGAGCGUUCACGAUAGUAAACGCGUGGAUGCGAGCGAACCAUCAGCGAGUGACGUGAACUCAGACGCCCGAGAUGAUUCGAAGCUCCCCGACAUGGAGGAAGAAGCGAGCGAUGCAAGUCGGAAGCGAAGCAAGGAGAAAAAGGUCGUCAAGUUCCCCACCAUGAUCGAUGACGGUGGUCGGAGUACGCGUAGCCGUGGGCGUUAUAGUCCACCGCCGUCUCCCACGCGCACGAACUCCGGAAGGACGGGCGACGACACGAGUAAGGACACGUCCAAGACGUCGACGGGAGAUGCACCAACCGACGGCGAAGAGACGGCGCAGUCACCAGUAGCUCCAAAGCAGAAGCGUUGGCGGCAUUCGAGCGUAAGUUAA